CACAAACUGUGCAGUUCCAAACUUCUGUCCCGCGGGUGUCUGUAGUCCGUAAGUUUGUGGCCCCCCACCCCCAUCCCCCGUUCCUGCUGCUGCCUGAGAUCAAGCAAACCCUUGGCUCCGACAUGGGCGACUUGGAGCUGCUGCUGCCCGGCGAGGCCGACGUGCUGGUGCGGAAUCUGCGCAGCUUCCAGCUGCUGGAGCUGGGCUCUGAGGGGUGGAACCAGCAACACGAGAACCUGGAGAAGCUGAACAUGCAAGCCAUCCUUGAUGCCACGGUCAGUCAGGGUGAGCCUAUCCAGGAGCUGCUGGUCACCCAUGGGAAGAUCCCAACACUGGUGGAAGAGCUGAUUGUAGUAGAGAUGUGGAAGCAGAAGGUGUUUCCUGUGCUGUGCAAGCUAGAGGACUUCAAGCCCCAGAACACCUUCCCCAUAUACAUGGUGGUACACCAUGAGGCCUCUAUCAUCAACCUUCUAGAGACAGUGUUCUUUCACAAGGAGGUGUGUGAGUCAGCAGAUGACACAAUCUUGGACCUGGUGGACUACUGCCACCGCAAACUGACAUUGCUGGUGGCUCGGACUGGCCGUGAUGCCCCUCAUGAGGAAGAGCGAUUUCAGGACACUACCCCCAUGCAGGAGCUGCAGAAGCAGGCAGAACUGAUGGAAUUUGAGAUCUCACUGAAAGCCCUCUCGGUGCUUCGCUACAUCACAGACUGUGUGGACAGCCUUUCUUUGAGCGCUUUGAGCCGCAUGCUCAGCACUCACAACUUGCCCUGCCUCCUGGUGGAACUGCUGGAGCACAGUCCCUGGAGCCGCCAGGAAGGAGGCAAGCUGCAGCAAUUUGAGGGGGGCCGCUGGCAGACAGUGGCCCCCUCAGAGCAGCAAAAGCUGAGCAAAUUGGAUGGACAAGUGUGGAUCGCCCUGUAUAACCUUCUGCUGAGCCCUGAGGCCCGGGCUCGCUACUGCCUCACGAGCUUUGCUAAGGGACAGCUGCUCAAGCUUCAGGCCUUCCUCACAGACACACUGCUUGACCAACUGCCCAACCUGGCAGACCUGAAGGGUUUUCUGGCCCACUUGGCCCUAGUUGAAACACAGCCUCCUAAGAAGGACCUGGUGUUGGAACAGAUCCCAGAAAUCUGGGAACGGCUGGAGAAAGAGAACAGAGGCAAGUGGCAGGCGAUUGCCAAGCACCAGCUUCAGAAUGUGUUUAGCCCCUCCGAUCAAGACCUGCGGCUCCAGGCACGGAGAUGGGCUGAGACCUACAGGCUGGAUGUGCUAGAGGCAGUGUCCCCAGAGAGGCCCCGCUGUGCUUACUGUGGUGCAGAGGCCUCCAAGCGCUGCUCCAGAUGCCAGAGAGAGUGGUACUGCGGCAGGGAGUGCCAAGUCAAGCACUGGGAGAAGCACAGGAAGUCCUGCGUUCUGGCAGCCCAAGGUGACAGAUCCAAGUGAGGGGCUGCAGCCCCUGAGGGCCGACCAAAACAACCCACCCAGAGAUCCCACCUCCGGAUCUCUGUCCGGGCCCUGCCAGACCUCAGUUUCUCCGUUGGUGGCGAGCACAGGCUGAGCUAAACAGAGCGGCUAACUCAUCCGCGAGCGAAGGCUUCCCCCACUUCCUGUCCUGCCCAUGCUACAGCCUCAGCGAACUGGGCCAAGAGGUCUGGGUGGGAGCCGUAGACGAUGGCUGGAUAUGGGGGGCCCUCUGCAUUUAGCACAGUAAAGCUGGCCCCUGGGAACGCU